UAAACGAUGGCUUUGGUUAAAAAUUAAACUCUCUCAGACUUAAAAUUUGUAUACGUUUCUGAUAUAUAUAAACUAAAAUUAAAUGUUUGUUCAAUAACAACAAGGUUACAUAAUGAGGUUAUAUCAUACGCAUGGAGUAUUGCGACUCGGACGAUAUCAAUCAUACGACCAUACGACUGGCCGCAUGCCUGAAACAGACUAUUGUAUACGUGACGUUACGAUUUGCAGCAAUGGCAGAAAAUGUAGUAUAUACUCAUCAUCUGAAGAAAUUAUCAGUGGACGGAAAUGAGUACAGCUACUUUGACUUGCCAAGUUUAGGACCAAAGUAUGACAAGUUACCAUUUUCCAUACGUGUGCUACUAGAGUCAGCAGUAAGAAAUUGUGAUAACUUCCAAGUGAAAGAUCAAGAUGUUGAGGCUAUUUUGGACUGGGAGAAAAAUCAGGCAGUACCAGAUGGAGUUGAAAUUGCGUUCAGGCCUGCAAGAGUUAUCCUCCAGGACUUCACAGGUGUGCCAGCUGUGGUAGAUUUUGCAGCAAUGCGUGAUGCAGUAAAGAAACUGGGUGGUGACCCUAACCGUAUCAAUCCUGUAUGUCCAUCAGAUCUGGUCAUUGAUCAUUCAGUACAAGUGGACUUUGUUCGCAUGCCUGAAGCUUUGCAGAAGAAUCAGGAUUUGGAAUUUGAACGGAACAAAGAGAGAUUUAUGUUUCUAAAGUGGGGUGCAAAGGCAUUCCAGAAUAUGCUGAUUGUCCCUCCAGGCUCAGGCAUUGUGCACCAGGUGAACUUGGAGUAUCUGGCCCGGGUUGUGUUCACCUCAGAGGGAAUCUUGUACCCAGACUCAGUUGUGGGUACUGACUCCCACACAACCAUGAUAAAUGGAUUGGGUGUACUAGGUUGGGGUGUUGGAGGGAUCGAGGCAGAGGCUGUGAUGCUAGGUCAAGCAAUAUCAAUGUUACUGCCAAAAGUGGUCGGCUACAAGAUUGUCGGACAGUUAAGUCAGUAUGCGACAUCUACCGAUCUUGUUCUCACCAUCACAAAGCAUCUCCGUCAGCUUGGUGUAGUGGGCAAGUUUGUCGAAUUCUUUGGUCCUGGCGUGGCUGAAUUAUCUAUUGCAGACCGUGCAACUAUUAGUAACAUGUGUCCAGAAUACGGAGCCACGGUUGGUUUUUUCCCAGUAGACAAGAAUAGCCUUGUUUACCUUCGACAGACAAAUCGAGAUGAGAAUAAAGUGCAACUAAUGGAAGAAUACCUGAAAUCAGUUCGCAUGUUUAGAAAUUACUCAGAUGCAUCACAGGAUCCUGUAUUCUCUGAAGUGGUGACUCUUGAUUUGGCAACUGUGGUGUCGUCUGUCAGUGGACCAAAGCGGCCUCAUGAUCGUGUCCCCGUUGUGGACAUGCCUACAGAUUUUCGGCAGUGCCUGAUCAACAAGGUAUGAUGAAGAAUAUUUCUCUAA